AUGGUGCACCUUAACCUUCCCAUCGAUGGGGAGGGCAGCUUUGACUCAAAGGCAAAGCGAGAUACUUCUUCACCGACUUCCCGCAGUGUUAGAGGUAAUAAACGACGGGAAGUUGGAAGUGGGAGAGGCAUCGGCCGCGGCCAGGAUGCAGCGUUGAGCAGCAAGAAUCACCCAUUGUCAACGAGACGUCGGACCCAGGUUGCGUGUAAACGCUGUCGAAAAAGGAAGAUCAAAUGUAGCGGCGAUUCAGGGGAUGGCCAGUCAUGUUUGAAUUGCAGGAACUCAGGAACACAGAACUGCGAAUUCUUGCGGGUCAAAUGCUCGCUAGUACACACAAAGAUGAACUGCGAUGGAUGGCCAUAUCCAUCAAUAAGCUCCACGAGUUCUUUAUCCUCUAGGCCAGACAUUUAUUGUCAUAUGGCAUCGAAACCAACAAUGCCACCUAUGGGUUCCCCGGCACUCCGAGCUCCUUCAUUCUCGCGGCCAGACAGCUACGACAUGAACGCUUUCGACCCUCAGCGUAUACUUCCAAGACAGUUAUUCAACAUUGAACAGGGUGUGAAUUACGAGGCCGAUUCUACCGUGGCAUAUUAUACCAAUUCACCGCCAUAUAUCUCACCCGGCGCUGCUUCAGGAGUAUUAAUUGAUGAUUUCGGCCCCCCGUGGAACCCUAGGGCAUGGAAUCAGACCCUUCCCCUCGACAAACUCCCAACCGGGGUAUAUACUGACCUAGAUAUGCACUGUCGUUCGACGCAGCCGAGUUACUUUUACGGGGUAUCUACACAUGGACCAACACCAAGCGAUAUUCCGCCGUUUUUCUCUGCGUCGACCUCUGUGUCGUCAGACGGACAAGGAACCGACCGGACUCUACCCAGUCCGGCAGUGCAAAAUCAGGUCCAAAGCUGCCCUUCUAUUUUUCCCACGAUACCAGAAGCUAUGCCGAGCUUGAAUUUCUCUCAAAACUUUAAAGUUGAGAGCGGCUGGGAUGCGAAAAGCUCCACAACAAUCGGUGAUAGCUACACAACAAUGCCCAUUACAUCCACAGGAACUUUUACUUCAAGUCCAGUGAACCGGACAAGGCCAAGUCCCUCGAACACACAAGAGUCUCUCUUUGACUUCUUGCCGAUGCCAUCAAAUAGUGUAUCUCCGCAUUCGAUGGCUUCGAGUGCCACGUUCACCGAGUUGGAUUCGAUUGAUUCACCGGGUGACUUUCUAACAGGGACUGAUACUCGCUACACUCGCUCUACUAAGUUAUUUCCCCGAGAUAAUGGACUUACAGAUUACUCGCCAAUCUAUAGUCAUAGCAACAGUGGGAACCGCAAAAAUCGCAGGGAUCAAGCCGGUGAUUCAGUACCCACAUUGAUCACUGGCUUUCCAUACACUCCUGUAAGGAAUACUGCUCCAGGAAAUGUCUCUGCUUUCAACCCUCUUCAGCCGGAUCCUCCGAUGCAGUAUCGAGACCAGAUAGAGGAACAUCGAACACCCGUUACUGCUCUGAGAAACGUUGGCUGUUAA